UAAAAAUUUCCCUAGAUGUGUUAAAAAAUGAAACGAAACAAAAUUAAAACAAAUUCAGUGUGGAUCGAUCAUCUGAAUUACGACAAUCAGGUCUCUCUCUCUCUUCUCAACAUGGUGUCAUUUCAUUUUUACAAUUUUCUGCCAAUAGUUUGAUCCCUACAUUCAUAUCAUGAAUUCCGCUGAAUCAAACCCCCGCCAUGUUCCGCCCAAUCCAACAACCCAACCCUUCCUAUCAAAAUUCAAAAAAUUCACAUUUCAAACCCUCCCCUUAUUGAUUCUAUUUACAGCAAUCGCAUUAGGUUUCACAAAAUCAAACUACUAUAAACUUCAUUACUUGAAAUACUCUCUCAAAUCACAAACCCUUUUUCAUUCACUCUUUUCACCCCCAAAACAUGUUUCUACACCCUCCCAUUGUGUUCUAUGGAUGGCUCCUUUCCUUUCAGGUGGUGGGUAUAGCUCGGAAAGUUGGUCUUACAUUUUAUCUCUUCAUAGUCACAUAAAAAUGCGUUCUUUUAAGUUAGCAAUUGAGCACCAUGGUGAUCUUGAAUCUUGGGAUUUUUGGGACGGUUUGCCACAGGAUAUGAAGAGUUUGGCAACUGAGUUGUACCAAACAAAGUGUAAUAUGAAUGAGACCAUUGUGAUUUGUCAUAGUGAGCCUGGUGCUUGGUAUCCUCCGUUGUUUCAAACCGUGCCAUGUCCACCGUCUCUUUACCAUGAUUUUAAGUCUGUGAUUGGUAGGACUAUGUUUGAGACUGAUAGAGUGAAUGAUGAACAUGUUGAGCGUUGUAAUAGAAUGGAUUAUGUUUGGGUUCCUACAGAGUUUCAUAAGUCUACAUUUAUUGAAAGUGGGGUUAUUCCUUCCAAGGUGGUGAAGAUUGUUCAACCUAUUGAUGUGAAGUUCUUUGAUCCUGUCAAGUAUGAGCCGUUGGAUCUUGAUUCUACGGCGGAAUGGAUUUUAGGUUCUGGAGAGAGUAAGGGUUUUGUGUUUCUAAGUAUCUUCAAGUGGGAGUAUAGGAAAGGGUGGGAUGUGUUGUUAAAAUCAUAUUUGAAGGAGUUUUCGAAAGAUGAUAGUGUUGCUUUAUACUUGUUGACAAAUCCUUAUCAUACCGACAGUGAUUUUGGGAACAAAAUAUUGGAUUUUGUUGAAAAUUCUGAUUUUGAAGAACCGGAUUGUGGUUGGGCUUCAGUUUAUGUUAUUGAUACACACAUUGCACAAAGUGACUUGCCUAGGGUUUACAGGGCGGCGGAUGCUUUCGUUCUUCCUUCAAGAGGGGAAGGAUGGGGAAGACCUCUGGUGGAAGCCAUGUCAAUGUCGUUGCCUGUGAUUGCUACGAAUUGGUCGGGACCGACUGAGUUUUUGACAGAGGAUAAUAGCUAUCCACUGCCAGUAGAUAGAAUGAGUGAAGUAAUGGAAGGUCCAUUCGAGGGACAUCUUUGGGCUGAACCUUCUGAACAUAAACUCCAGUUUCUUAUGAGGCAGGUGGUGGAUAAUCCGGCUGAGGCUAAAGCCAUAGGUAGGAAGGCAAGAGAGGACAUGAUAAGACAGUUCUCGCCUGAGAUUGUGGCAGAAAUUGUUGCAGACCACAUCCAAAACAUAUUAGGGAGGUAAGAAGUAAUGAGUUUCUGGUUGUGUUCUGUUCACUGCUAUUUUGCUCCAAUUCCAGACCUGUUUUAUGAUUCACUCUUAAGGAGAUUGAGCUAGUAAGUGGGACAUACUGUAGACUUCUCAGGAAUUCAUUGAUCUUUUGUAAACUGGUUAGAGUACACCCUAGUACUCUCCUUUGAAUACAAAGUUGAUUAUCAAAAAAAAAAAAAACUUUAGCACUGGAAAGUGUUUUAUUUUAUUUAUGAGAGCUUUUAUUGAAAAGGACAUAUAUGUUCUUGCCGCGGAAUGUAUCAAUCAUUUUGGAACAGUAUGUGGCUAUUUGAAAGGGAUUGUGAUCAGAUAAAUGGCAUCAUUUUUGUUUACUAUUUUGAUCAACUUGAAAUAAAAGUAUAAUUCCUUGAUCCUUCCAUAUGGGAUUAUCCGGUUUAAUGAAGUGUAAUGGCAGUGAAACACAAGGACUAAAACAACAACAAAAAUAGAAUAAUAGUAAAUUAAAUGAAUAAAAGAUUACAAAUUGUCACAUGAUAAUUGAUGUAUCAUGUAUGAUACAACCUUCCUAGUUAAUGAUUGUGUGGACAGUAUUUGGCAAUGGUGACACAAUUUUCCAUCAAUACCAAUCUCUGUCCUGUCUAGAGGAUUGAAAUUGAUUCAAAGAACCGUCUGCUAUAUGUAGCCACUUCUCUAAAAACCAUCGGGUAAUACGCCUAACUUGUCAGUAUAACUAAAUGUAGGAAUAUCUUAUGAGAUUAGGAAUGUAGUGAUUUAAUCUUAGUUUGCAGCGUAGCUUUGUGAUUUGAGUCUGUAUUUAUUGUGAAUGUAUCUCAGUUGAUGUAGAUUAAAUUGCAAACUGAUUGUAACAUUGGGGACUAGCCUCCAAAUGGGGAUUUACUAUUUGAAUGUCUGUUUCAUA